CUCCACUUCCGGCGCGUCAGUCCUCCUCACAACACGGACCAUGGCGGCUAGCUCGGAUCGGAACCCUCCUCCUUUCCCCGCAGCAGAGGACCCAGAACCCGGCCUGACUGAGCCGGCAGACGGAGACAGCGACGAGGGAGAGGACAUCUUCGUCAGUAAGACUAACCCGGUUUCUGUGAGCCGAGGAGUUUCCCAGCCGGACCGAGGCGGUGAGGAUCCUCCAGACCUGUUCGGUGAGGAGGAGGCCGGCAGCACCACGGCCAAAUCUAACGGCGUUCACUCCGAUGACGACAACGACCUGUUUGCUGAGGCUCAGGUGGAGCUCAGCACAGACAAACCCGGCGGCUCGGCUCAGAAGGAGCUCUCUGCCUCCUCCACCUCCACCCAGAGCCCUGCAGCCAUGCAGCCCACCUCCCUGGAGCAGCUGGAGGAGGAAGAGGCCAAGGACAGCUUUGAUGUGGACGUUGCCGUCACAAACCCUGAGAAAGUCGGAGACGGCAUGAAUGCAUAUGUGGCCUACAAAGUGUCCACCAGGACGUCCCUGACUAUGUUCAGGAGUAAGACCUUCUCGGUGAGGAGGCGUUUCAGUGACUUCCUGGGCCUUUAUGAGAAGCUGUCGGUCAAACAGUCGCUCCACGGCUGCAUCAUUCCACUGCCUCCUGAGAAGAGCGUUGUAGGAAUGACUAAAGUAAAGGUUGGGAUGGACGACCCGUCAUCAGUGGAGUUUGUGGAGAGAAGAAGAGCAGCUCUGGAGAGGUAUCUUCAGAGAGUUGUGUGUCAUCCGUCGCUGCUACAAGAUCCUGACGUCCGUGAGUUCCUGGAGAGAGAUGAUCUUCCCAGAGCGGUGAACACUCAGGCUCUGAGUGGAGCUGGUUUCCUCAAAAUGAUCAAUAAGGCAUCAGACGCUGUCAACAAGAUGACCAUCAAGAUGAAUGAAUCUGACACUUGGUUUGAGGAUAAGUUCCAGGAGGUGGAGGCUGAGGAGCAGCAGCUGAGGAAGCUUCACGCUGUGGUCGACUCGCUGGUCAACCACCGGAAGGAGCUGUGUGGGAACACGGCGGUGUUUGCCAAAAGUAUGGCCAUGCUGGGGAACUCCGAGGACAACACCGCCCUGUCCAGAGCCCUGUCCCAGCUGGCAGAGGUGGAGGACAAGAUGGAGCAGCUGCAUCAGGAGCAGGCAGCCAGCGACUUCUUCAUCUUUGCAGAGCUGCUCUCGGACUACAUCCGGCUGCUGGGGGCUGUGAGGGGAUGCUUUGACCAGCGCAUGCGGGCGUGGCAGCGAUGGCAGGAGGCUCAGAGCACACUCCAGAAGAAGAGGGAGGCCGAGGCCAAGCUGCUGUGGGCCAACAAACCCGAGAAACUGCAGCAGGCCAAGGAGGAGAUCACUGAGUGGGAGUCCAGAGUCACUCAGUACGAGAGAGACUUUGACAGGAUUGGCAUGACUGUACGCAAGGAGGUUCUCAGAUUUGAGAAAGAAAAAGCUAAGGACUUCAAGAGCCAGAUUAUGAAGUAUCUGGAGGCGAUGCUGCAGUCCCAGCAACGGCUUAUAAAGUUCUGGGAGGCGUUCCUGCCUGAGGCCAAGGCCAUAGCUUAGAGAGGAGGGAGAUGUUUAAAGAGCCCUGCUGCCUUCAGAACACUUUACCUCUUUACCACGAACUGAGAGGACAAUUUUGAAACACAACAAACUUCCAUCCAUUGUUUUUUCUUUUUAAUUAGAGUGUAUUCUCUUAUCUUGUACAGUCUUUGAUAUAAUAAGCUGCCACAUUUCCACCACGUUUCUCUGCUAUAAUUCCUUGUUGUUGAGUUAAAGAUGGCCUAAAGCUAGAACCCAGCAGAGAUGAACCUGGCCGUAGUGUUUGUAAGACUCACUGAGGAGUGAGGAUAUAUAUUUAUGUGUCGAUAUUGAAGUGUUAACACUGAGGUACUGCCCUGAAUAACAUGUCUGUAGUUUACAGUAGGAGGUAGACGUUUGUCAUUCCACUCUAACAGAUUGUGUUCAUGGAUGUUUUGAUGCACUCGAAUGCAUUGUACAGUUGGAAAAGCUGUUUUUUUUUUUUAAAUGAAACGCCACUAUUGAUGACUGCGGUCAUUCUGCAGCAGCGUUGGCACAUUAUGGUGAUUCAUUGAGCAUAGAGUCAGAGCUGAUGUUACACAACCACCGUAAGGUUACAGGCUGACAAAAUGCAAUCACUUAUUUGUUGUUAUUUUCUACGAUGAAGUUCUUUAGAUUUAUUGUGUCAGAGGUUGAGAGAAUGUAAAUGACAUCUACGUGUGUCCACAUGUAGAGGACCUGAACCGUCAGAUAUUAGUAGGAACCAUCCUGUUUUUUGUUUUUUUGAUAAAUUGGUUUGGCAGCGACACAAAGGCACAGACGUUUGAUGCAGUCCCUUAUUUUCUUAAUCAGCAUUUGUACGUGUAGUUUUUCUGUCAUGUCAUAUUUACGUCAGAACGUGCUUUAUUUUUGUAACCACUUUGCAUUAGAACACACAUUUUCCUGGAGAUGCUUUACAGGUAGAUGUACAAAAUAAAUGAUGAUUGCUUAA